AUGAACUUUGAAUUUCCCGAUGAAGAUAUUAUGUUGAUUAGGGAUUGCAACAUCCCCGACCCUGAGGAAGGACCUGAGCCUGGGUCCCAUUGGACUUUGGUUUUUGAUGGAGCUUCUAACGCUCAUGACAAUGGCAUUGGAGCAGUUAUCACCUCCCUAACUAGUUUUCACCUCCCCUUCACCACAAGGUUGUGCUUUGAAUGUAAAAAUAAUUGUAUCUUUGGUAUUGAAACUAUAAUUAAUCUUAGGAUCAAAAUCCUUGAAGUCUAUAGAGAUUCAGCCUUGGUGAUCAACCAAGUCAAAGGAUGUUGGGAUACUAGAAAUCAUAAGCUCAUCCCUUACAAGGAGAAUGUCUUAAAACUAAUCCCUUACUUUGAUGAGAUCACAUUCCAUCACAUCCCUCGAGAGGAGAAUCAGUUAGCCGAUGCAUUAGCAACUUUGGCGUCCAUGUUUAAGGUUAAGUGGAAGAAUGAAGCACCACCCCUUUCACCUCAACUACUUGGACGAGCCCGCUUACUGUUUGGUGGCUGA